UUUUUUAAACGUGUACCUUUAUUUUUUAUGUGUAUUACGGUGCGCAGCAGCAAACCACAUUUGCACAAUAUCAUCGUUGGCUAUUUGGUAUUCAACAUGGUUUUUUUUUUGUUGCAUGUGUUGGAAGCUGAAGACUAUAGCUGUCUGAUUGAAUUCGAUUUUCUUGCCAUGUAUGCAUACACGGCAUUGUGAACAAUAUAGAGUGGAGAAUGAUUUUGGAUGGGAAGAAUGAUGGUGGUGCGUGUGUUUGACGAUGAUGAUGAUAUUAUGGCAACGUGUUGGCCCUUGUGUAUUUUUCUACAAUUUUUUUCAUUGGAAUUCCAGGUUCGGAUAAUAAAUUGUUUAUGAUUCGAUUGGAUCAUUGUGUUUUUGAAAAAAUUGUGAUCCUAAUUUGUUUUUGUGUGUAUAAACAGUUGUGUGUUGUGGUUUUUUUAAUUUCUAACAACCAUCCUGGAAUUUAUUCAAUCAAAUGAUCUCUCCAUUAUUACUUCUCAAUUUCAUUUGGUUAAUUUUCAUUUGGAAUAUUCCUAAAGGAAGUGAAAACAAUUAAAUUUCCGCACCAUCAUUUGAAAAUUUGGACUAUAUCUCUGUUUAUUUGUUUGUACAACAAAAAGAUAUCUACUGAAUUCAAACCUGGAACCGAUAAAGUACAAUCGUAACGCAUUUCGAGCUUGUUUAUUCAUCAAUCUUUUGUAAAUAUAUAUGUUUGUUGUACAUUAGCAAGAAAAAAUUCAUAUUUUGCUGAAAAUUGUGUGUGUGUGAUUUGGCCCAUUAGAUUGGAAGUGUUUGUUUGUUGUGUGUGUGUGUUGAUUGAUUGGGAAAAGAAUUUUGAAUGGAUAUUAUAAUGAAGUUAACUGAAGACAACGAUAACAAGAUGCCAGCCCCGGUAACGACAACUACGAACAGCAACCAUACGAAUAACACCAGCAAUUCAGUAACGAAUCCUGUCACAACAAUCAAAACCAAUAAACAAGCAACAACAGCCAUAGAUUGUAUGAAGAUAAAUCAUGGCCAUAAUAAUAUCAAUUUGGAAAAUGGUGAUUUGUCAUCAUCAUCAUCAAUUAAAUCCGCUGAAUUAUCAUCCAAUAUUGAAUCAACGUUGGAUUAUCCAAAGCUGACCAAUGAAAAAACGACCACGACAACAACUGCCAUCAACAAUAGUAACAACAUCACCGAUAGCAACAAAUUAGAUAGCGAUUGUAUCGAUAACAAACAAAGCUCAGAAAUCAUCAACACCGACCGGAGCAAAUGAUAAUGUAAUUAUCCAUAAUGGUUAUGGUACAUCAUCGUCAUUAGAACAUCAUAACAAUCAUCUGAUACAGUCACAAUUGCAAACGACCACUGUCGUCCCAAAUGCCUGGAUCAGUUCACCUGGAAAACUUGUGGCUAAAUCAUAUAAUCAAACGGCCCCAUCGCCAUCUUUAAUACCGCCAUCACAACAACCAUCAUCGACAACAUCAGCCAACAAUUGCCAAACUACCAAUACUAAAACUUUGUUGAAUAAUACGCAUAACAACGGUAACAAUAAAAACGUUAUUCCAUUAUCAACAACAACUACAAUAUCAUCAUCAUCAUCAUCAGUGAUGCCUAUUUCUUCCACAAGUACCAACACAACUGUCUGUACAACCACAACAGUGACAACAACAUCAACAUCAGGGGUAAAUAAUAAUAAAUGGUCAAUUAAAAAUGGAUCGAAUUCUGCAUCAAAUUCUAUUGUCAAUAACAAUAGUAGCUGUACGAAUAAUGCCUCAAAUAAUCAAAAAGAUGAGUACAAUUUAAAUUAUAGUGAGGAUUGGCCUUCAUUAAACGAAGUGAACGAGCUUUCAUUGAAUUCUAAACGUAACUCUGCCGGUGAAACGAUGGUCAUUAAUAGUACCAAUCAGAAUAACAACAAUGAAGUUGUUUCAUCAUCGUCACCAUUGUCAACACCAUCAUCGCCUAAUAUAAUUGCUCAAAAUUUUGAAUCCAAAACAUUGGCUAAAACUUUAUCGUCUUCGUCAUCGCAACCAGCAAACACACAAAAUAGCAACGAUAAUCGAAAAUUGAGCAAUAAUUCGUCGUUACCAAAUGGUAUUAGCGUUGUACAAUCGUCACCGAUUCAAGAUGAAUGUUUAGACGAUGGUUCAACUACAUCAUCGAAAGAUGCCAAUUUAAUUUCAUCUGGUCAAGGUUUAGACAGUAGUACAUUGACUUCCGAUAAAAAUAAACACAAAAAGAAAGGACAAAAGAAAUGGGUACCAUUGGAUGGUAUUAUUGGCGCACCACCAGCCAAAUUACGUGGAAAAAUUGUCAAUAAAACCAAUGAUUAUUAUUCUGUUGGUGAAUAUAACGGAAUAAAUGGAUAUACUGAUCAUGAAUAUAAAUCCGGUGCUGCUGGAGGUGGUGGCCGUUAUAAUAGUGGCAAUGGUGGCGGAAACGGGAAUUUUUCUCGCAAUCGAUCUCAAAGACGAGGUGAACGUGGAACUGGUAAUGGUGGUAAUGCUGGUAGUCGUGGUCCUGGAAAUGCAACUGGUACGAAUACUGUUGCUGUUUCAAAUGUAAACAAUAGCAAUAACAAUGAAGAUAAUCAUCGUUAUGGUAUUGGAAAUGCUAAUGGUAGUAAAGUUGGUCCCUCCAAUACAUCUAGUUCAAUUAGCAACAGUAAUAACAUGAAUAAAUCUAAUGCUCAAUCUGAAAUAAUUGAUUCAUCAUCAACAUCAUCUUCGAAUCCGAAUGCAAACUCCAAUCAUAAUAAUAAUACCAACAAUCAUAACAAUAAAAAAAAGAAUAUAAUAUCUGGUAGUGGUAAUGCUGUUAGCGGUAAUAAUCCUAACGAUUCACACCAUCAAUAUUCUCAUCAUUCGCAUCCGCCUCAUCAACAUUCGCAUCAACAACAACAACAACACCAACAACAUCAUCAUCACCCAUUGAAUGUUCAACAACAGCCUCCAUUAUCGGUACCAUUAUAUACAAGACGUAAUCCUAAUGGUGGAAUGCGUGGAAGAUCACGUGGUGGUGGAUUAAUGGGUGCUGGCCGUAUUCUUAAUCGAAGUCGUUCACAAAUGUCUAAUGAAUCUACCGGUCCAGUUGUGAAUCCGACUGCAGCUAUUGUUCAUCAACAAACCAAUGGUAAUGUUGGUGUACUUCCUGGAACUACUGUCACGGCAACGAUGCCGCCACCGCAGCCAUCUGUAGUCACUAAUACUGUUGCUGCUGUUGGUAAUGGUGUUACAGCCCCUAACAUUCAUCCGGAAGAAUAUGCUGCUGCUUAUCCUCAAUAUACUGCUUAUGAUUUUCCUGCACAAAAUAUACGGCCGGAUAUGAAUUCACCACUUUCAGCCGGAUUAUCAACAGCACCUGCACCUACAGCGGCAUUUUUACCACCAUCAUAUUAUUACAAUACUCCUUUUGUUUAUGGCCCGGAUGGUAUUAAGGAAAUGUUACGUUCACAAAUUGAAUAUUAUUUUUCCGAGGAAAAUCUUCAAAGAGAUUUUUUUCUUCGACGUAAAAUGGAUGAACAGGGAUUUUUGCCCAUUUCUUUGAUUGCUUCAUUCCAUCGUGUUCAAGCAUUGACACAGGAUGUUACUUUGGUCGUUGAAGCAUUAGCUAAUUCAACAACUAUCGAAGUUGCUGAUGGGAUCAAAGUGAGAACACGCAAUGAUCCACAGAAAUGGCCAAUUUUGGAUAAUCUUAGUGCUGCGGCUACUACUGCAAUUCAUCCAGCAAUGGUCAUGGCAGCGGCAAACUUGAAAUCACAUCAACAAAGUCCAGAAAAUAUUGCUAAUCAUCAGGAUGUCGAGAUCAAAAGUGGCAAUAAUGAUUUUGAUAUUGUAAAUAAUAACAGUAGUUGUCCAUCGCAUGUAAAAAAUAGCAGUGAUGGUGAUCCACCAAAACACCAAGUUGCUGUAGCCAAUGAUGAUCAAUCAACUAGUGAUGUCAAUUCUAUUCAUGUAACCAAUAUUGCUCAAUCACAACAGACAACAAACUCUCCUUCCACAACCGCCGAUACACAAUCGAAUGAGGAUGAAAUACAACAGCAAAAACAAGUGAUCAGGAAUCAAUCUCAGAUACAUUUGGCCUCGGUCAUCAGCUCUUCAGCUACUAUGGAUGGUUCUGCUGUCCCAACAACAACACCAGUCUCUGGCAAUAAUACCGAUUCUCAAUCUUUGUCUUCUAAUGCAGAACCAUCCGUUGUUGAAAUAGCUAAUUGUGAUAAAUCUAAACAAGUGAAUAGCCCUGAUGGUGAUGCCAAAUGCAGUUCAAUAGAUUCACAAAAUCGUGAAACAGCUUAUGUGAAUGCAAACAGCAAUAGUGAUAAUGUUAAUGUGACUGCAUCAAACACUGUGUCGGUGGCAAAUGAAAUUGAAGAUUGGAAACCAGUACGUUCGAAAAAGAACAAAUCUCGUGCCAAUAAAUCAAAUGAACAUUCAUCUCAUCAAUCAUCUUCAAAUUGUAAAACAAUAAAUCGAUUAACAACCAAAGAAGAUUUACCUUUUUUAUUGGACGAAGAUGUUCAUGAUGGUGAGGAAUUUCAACUAACUGGUCGUCGAAAAACAUACAUUGAUUACUCUGAUUAUGAUGAUUAUGAUGAAAUUAGUGAUCAAGAUUUGAAAAAAAUCAUAUUGGUUACACAAAGCCGCAAAGGUAACCAAUUGAAUGAUAGAACUGGUGAUUGGACCACUCGAGUCAAGAUGACCCAAGAGAUGGCAAAGAUAAUCGAUGAUGGUUUAUUCCAUUAUGAACAAAAUCUAUUACUAAACCAUCAAGGAUCUAAUACUAAGCAGCAUAAAACGUUGGGGUACAUUUCUCGUGAAGAUUUUGAACUUUAUUCCGGAUCUCCUAAAGAUAAAAAGGAAAAUGCUUAUUCGACACCACCGCCACCACCUCCCACAUUGAAUGAUGAUAUCAAAUUGGAUGAAGUAUAUACCACCACUGGAGAUCAUACAUUAUCGGCAGAAGAGCUUCAACAAUCAGCCAAAUCAUUGCAACGGAAAUCUCCAAAUCCUCGUUUCUAUCUAGCCCCAGAGCCUCAUGAACUUCUUCCAGCCGGUACGCCACGUAAACAAAAAACAAGACAUUCAAGCAAUCCACCGAUAGAACCUCAUGUUGGUUGGUUAUUAGAUGUUCGUGAUCAUGAAACUGCUUCGAUGAAUGCUGAUGCCACAUUGGGCAUGAAUUCUGAUGGUAAUAAAGAUGAUAAAAAUGUUAUCAUUUCAAAUACAACCAACAUGCAAUCCCAUCAGACAAACACUGGUUCAGUGUCCAUAUUGUCAACUAGUCUUGGUUCUACUACUCAAUCACUGCCAAAGUUUGAACAUCCAUCUCAUGCCUUACUGAAAGAGAAUGGAUUCACUCAAUUUGUCUACCAUAAAUAUCGUUUAAGGUGUAUCAAAGAACGAAAACAACUUGGUAUUGGUCAGAGCCAAGAAAUGUUUACCUUAUAUCGAUUUUGGUCAUUCUUUUUGCGCGAAUUUUUUAAUCGCAAUAUGUAUGAAGAAUUUCGGCGAUUAGCAAAUGAAGAUGCACAAGUAGGCUUUCGAUAUGGUCUGGAAUGUUUAUUCAGAUUCUAUUCGUAUGGAUUGGAAAAACAUUUCCGAUCUGAUUUGUUUAAUGAUUUCCAAAAGGAAACAAUUAAAGAUGUCGAUGCAGGUGAAUUAUACGGGUUGGAAAAAUUCUGGGCAUUCCGUAAAUAUUAUAAAAAUUGGUGUUCAAUCGAAUCUUUAGUGGAUCCAUUCCUGCUUCAAAAACUCGACAAUUAUAAGAGUGUUGACGAUUUUAGAUUAGACGCAGAAACAAUAGCUCAACGUGAAACUCAAAAUAGGACUAAACGUGAAGAAUAUGUGCGAAAUUUUCAGCAAGAACAACAACAAAAUUCUUCGUCCAACAAGAAAAAAGGUGAUGGCAAUGGAAAUGUUUUUGUGGGUAAAAAUUUGAAUAGGAGGCAUCAGAAUACGAUGAUUGGUGAUGAAAAUAAGCAUCAGUUCUCAAAACAAGAUAAUAGAACACAGUCAUCUAAAAGUAACAUUGGAUCAAACAAACCAGUCAAAGAUGCUAUUGUUGGUAAGAAUGGUGAUCAAUCAAGAACAUCAAGCAAUAUAAAUGCCAAACAGCCAAUGCGGCAAUCCAAUAAUUUACAGACGAAUAAUAUUAAAUCAGUGCCAAUGACACCACAAGCAGCACCCGUCAAUUCACCAACAUCAUUCGCUGCUAUCGUUGCUUCAAAGCCAAAAAAAUUAGCAGAAACACAAAGUGCAACUGGAACGACCGCUGCAACUUCAAACACUGAAAAUUCUUCCACAAAAUAAACAUCAAUAGAAGAACGUUUUUUCUGACAAUCAUUAUUGUAAAUCUUUUUGGUGAGAAAAUCAUCUCAUCUUAUGCAACAUCGGCUUUUAUCAUUGAAUAAGAAUCGGUUACUAUCAAAAGUUAUCGCGAAAAAUGAUUCGGUUCAUAAAAAAAAGAAAAUACGAUCACUAUUGUCAUCAUCAUCAUUAUUUUACCGUUAUACAAUUAAUUAUCAUUAUUAUUUUUUUGUGUUGGAACUAAAACGCUUGCUUGCUUGAUCCAUUUGGUUCAUAAUAUUCUUUCAUCAUUCGAAGUUCUCCCACGAUUUUUCUCAUUUUUUUUUACUAUUUGCAACUUUUUCUUUUUGGCCCAAUAUUUUUAUCCAUCCAUCAUCUCUCUUUCUGUUUCUUUCUAACCCAAAUGAAGAUACUGAAUUAUUUUUGUGUAAGAUUAGAAUUCUUCGUUUUGGUCGUCUUCCAAGAGCAAGAAAAAAUGAAUAAAUCUUUUGCGAAAAAAGUUUUUUUUUUAUUAAACACUGUCAUACAUAGAAGCGUAGAAUAAAAGUUUUCAUCGAUGAUGAUGAUGAUGAUGACGGUGACGACAUAAACGUUCAUCGGAACUCGAAUUUUAUACAUAACCAUGACAAGAUUCUUCAAGAAUUUUUUUAUGGGCGGCCUUUUAAACUACUCACGCCAAUUUUCUAAGCAAAAUCAAUCAAUCCAUUUUUUGCCUCGAAUCUUCCCUAUCUUUAUCUCUUACUCGUCUUCAUUUUCAUCAUCAUCUUGCUGUCUUAAUUUCGGCGGAAGAAUAUGAUCAUCAUCAUCAUGGAAAUUGAAUACUAUCAUUCAAGAUUGAUAUUCGAAUAUGUGCCUUUCCUGAUGCCCAUUUUUUUUCUCAAAAUGUCGCUAAAUUUACAUGAAGAGUUUCAACAACAACAACAAAACAGCAAAAGAAAUUACAACCAUAGCAACAACUCAAUUGCCUAUACAGUGUUUUUUACAUCAAAGAAUUUUGAUGUGUUCAAAUUAAUACGCAUUCUUCAUAUAUUUCCAUAUAAUUCACCCCUCACAAAAAAGAUUUUGCAUAUUCCUUUCUCACUGUUUUUCUCGGUUUUUCCAUAAUCUACUACCCUACUAAAAGUAUAGGGCCCUAAACUAGUCCAAAUAUAUAUUUUUUGUUUCAAAA